AGGUUCAAAGUGCAUUUAAUCGUUGACGUGAAAGCGAGACUUUUAAUUCUUCAAAUUUGACAAAAAUGAUGUCUCAAGUGCGCCAGAACUUUCAUGAGGAAUGCGAGGCCGGUAUUAAUAAGCAGAUCAACUGGGAACUGUAUGCCAGCUACGUCUAUCUGUCGAUGUCUUCGUACUUCAGCCGUGAUGACGUCGCAAUGCCGGGAUUGGCCAAGUUUUUCAAGAAAUCCUCGGACGAGGAGCGUGAGCACGCUACCAAGUUCAUCGAAUAUCAGAACAAGCGUGGCGGUCGCGUCGUUCUGAACCACAUUGAGAAACCGUCUCAGGAUGAAUGGGGCAAUGCGCUUGAUGCCAUGACCGCUGCUCUGGAUUUGGAGAAGACUGUCAACCAGUCACUCCUGGAUUUGGUCGGAGUCGCAGAUAAGCACAACGACGCCCAGCUUGGCGAUUUCCUGGAAAGCGAAUACUUGUGUGAACAAGUGGAGGCUCAAAAGGAGUUGGGUGACUACAUCACUCAAUUGAAACGCGUUGGAUCUGGAAUUGGCGAAUGGCAAUUUGACCAGAUGCUGCUGCACGCGGAAUAAGGUAUCGGAAAUGUUUGACACGGAUGCCUUUUGCGGGUUACUUCAUGGCGGACGAUUUCGAUAAAAGGAAAUAUUGUUGACGAUGCGAUAUUCAUUCCGCUGAACCGGGUAAUCAGUUUUAGUUCUAGUCGUCGUAUGACCGACCGUUCACACAAUGAGACUCUUCCGGGAUAUUGACAAGCCGAAUGUUUUUUCAAGAGAGGUUUUUUGGUAAUAUUUGACAGUCCACCGUUUAUCAUUUCUGGUCGUUUUUAAUUCAUGUUUCAAUCGAUCCGCUUUGAAGUUGCCCAUCAGGCUGUAGUGGAGCAGGAAAAAAAGACGAAAAACUGACGAAUCCAGUAAAAGCUGUUUCCCAGCCAUCAGACGAGAUCUUCUUAAAAACGCUUCGGGUCAUUGGUAGCUCAAUACUGUUUUUCUUGAAGAAAGAAAAGGAGAGAGAGAAGGAGCGUUGUGUCAAAAUGGGUUAAAAAUUCUUUUUAGUACAUCUGUUUGGGGGGAAGUUCCUUGUGGAACUUUUGUUUUUGUCUGUUCGCUUCUUUUUUGCGGUGUUGAAAAAGUUUUGAAAUACAUUUGGGACUGUGGUUGGGACUCCCUGAUUUUUCUCGUUUGUCCAGUGUUCUGUUUUGACUUUUUUCUUGUGUGCUGCUCGUGGUUUGAAGGCGUUCGUUUUUUUCGGCUUGGUCUACUCGCAUUUCUUUUGGAAUGCUGCAAAAAAUUGUAACCUCGUUGAGUGAUGGGAAAGCGGUGCAUUAAACGAAAGGUUUCCGAAAUGAA